GCUUGGUUGAGAGGGUUAGGGUUUCAUGAAGGAAACACCAGGUGCUUCGGCGGGGGUGUGCACGGUCCAUCCUCGUCGCCGCGUAGUUUGAGGAGCGUCGAAUUUUGCCAACCUCAGUACUCCAAGCGGAAUAUCAAGCGCCGCGGUUCGAGAGCUUCAUAAAGCCACUGGGACGACCAUGGGGAAGUCAAUAUCCCCCGGAGGGGCUCUGCUCCGGUCAUCACGCAUGUUUUCGCUACCUGCGCCGCUGAAGCCGCCGAAGAAUAAUGUCACCACAGCGACCCAGAAUCUAUCCUUCUCGGCGACUACGCCGUACCCGACUCUGCAGACAGUCACCACCCCCUCCACAUCGCGCUCCCGUGGAGACUGGGGAUUCAAGCGGCCGCUGCCCCUAAAGUCGACCACCAAGUCUUCCACUCCUCUCAUCCGCGUGAGGCAGGUCGACUCGAGCGAGCAGGUUACUGACUUCGCCUCAGCCGCCGAUCAUACCUUGACUCUUCAGAAGUUCCAGGAGAUGAACAUCCCGGUCCUUAUACCACAGCACACGCGCAUUGCCCACCAGAACAGCACAAUCAGCCUACCUACCACGUCGGUGUUUGAAGAGGAGUUCGAUAGCACCGUCAUGGAUGCAACCCGUGCCCGCCUCCUUCGCGACAAGCGCUGGAGAUUCUCGGGGCCAUGGUUGGCCGGCAUGGCGGAGGGCGAGUUCGAGAACUACCUUAAGCGCAAGGUUGCUCCGCGCAGGUCCGAGUUCCGCUGGUGGUUGAGGAAGGAUAUUGCGGCCGAGAAAAACAAGGUGGCGGCGGCCGAGGCGAUAGAUGCGGGCAACACGGGUGCUGAUGUCCCUCGAGUGAAGCCCGAGGACAUCUCGAGCGCCGAGCUCACUGAGGAGCUGCGGAAGCUGCGUGAAGACAGGCCUAAGCUAUUCAAGGCUGUUGGCGAGUUCCUAGAUCUCGCUCCGAUCCAGCAGAAGGGCGUAAUAUUCGCGGAAUUGACCCAAGGCAAAGAGAUCAGGGCCCCCGAGUCCCUGGGCAACCCUUAUGCCGAGCAGGGGCCCCCCGUGACACACCCAUCCGCUGGUAUCUCAUACCUCAGGACCAGCGCCUUCGUCGAGAACCACCCCGUCUACGGCCCACAGGCGUACCGUCGGCAUGUCAGGGCGCGCAUGCUGUCCAUUGCCAACACCGCUGCCAAUGCCAAGAUCCUCUCAUCCGGGAAGAUUGGUGUAGGCGGCUUCGUGACAGACAGCCCACAGUCCAAGUACGAUGCCCCGGGCAAGAAGAAUCGACUCGGGUUCGACCACACAAUUGUCGGUGGCCGCAAGAUGUACGUGGAGCCGCACUCGGCCGUCGUCGACGCCAAGGGCAAUGUCAAAAUCAACUCCAUAACAGGGACAUGGACCCCCAUGGCCGCCUUUGUUGCCAAGCAGCUUGAUGGCGAAGACGUGUCGGGCCCGAUACAACAAGAGGACAACCUGAUGCGACGCCGGGAGAUAACUAGGGCACUCCCCGUGAGAGUACGGGAAGAUGCGGACAGUGUCGGAAGUGCCCAAAGCUAUGGCUUUUACGGCGCGCGCGCCGACUUUGCCAGUCGCAAAACGUCCACUGAACCAGAGAAGCCGCGCUGGUCUUGAGGAGAAGGAAGGCACGUUGACCAUCAUGGAUACUGCUUGCGGGGGUCACGCGGACCGUGUAUUAUACAGACCAUGGCCUUGCCGCGCACGAGAGAUGUCUUUUCAAUAGAUCAAUGCACG